AUGGGCUGCGGCGGGGAUGCUCCGCGUUCUCUGCACGAUGCAGCACUCGCACAAAAGCAAGAAGACGCAAGCAAAGGACCUCGUCGGUUCGGUCUCCCAGAUCAACAACGGCAUCUAGACCAUCUGCACCUAUGGCAUGGCCCGUCGUCCUGCGCGCCCUCCCCAAGCCUCGUGCACUUCACGUCCGACGACCAGCUCACGCCCGUCGUGAACUCGCACAACAUCGACGCGCAAGGCCAGCGCAACCUCGAAGGCGAGGUGUUCGUGCUCGAGAUGUACGCCGCGUGGCGCGACUGGGCUGCGAUCGGGUCCUCAUGA